AGAUCACAAAAAUGGCGGAAGCAAGCGGUGGUGAAGAAGUGACUUCUAAUUCUGAUGAUAGAAUUGCGAAAUCAGAUGAUACAGAAUCACCUCAAGAGAAACCCACUUGUAUUUUGUGCCUUGGUAUGGCUGGAUCAGGAAAAACAACAUUUGUACAGGUAUUUUCAAAGUUCUAGGUUCCUGGCCUAUUCUAGUUUUAUGACUGCUGAUUGUGAAUGUUAACGUUUACCAUAUGUGACCUUCUUUGGGAAAACGUACACUAACGAUAUUUCGUUAAACGGUUAGACCGUUAGCUGUCCGUUAGUCAUCCGUUAGAUGAUUCAAUGAAAAUCGUUAGAGGCGUUAGGCAAUUCGUUAGCAACUCAUCCAUAGCCGUUAGAGCGUUAGUUGUAUCCGUUAGAGGUGUUAGUCAAUUCGUUAGCAACUCAUGUAUAUCCGUUAGAGCGUUAGUUGUAUCCGUUAGAGCGUUAGUCCAGGAAACUAAAGCGUUAACUGACGAUUCUAUUGCUUUGCUGAUCAAGGCCGCUGCCUUAUGGGCGCCCUGUCGUCAGAGGUUUGUACGAUUAAUUUUAUUCGCCCGCGGGCGACCGAAAUUAUAAACAAGGAGCCCGCAUCGGGCACCUGAAACUAGUGAUUCUUGCCAAACCCGUUUCCCAACGUCCAGUGAACGAACGACACAAUUCCCUACCCGUUCUACGCUUUUGAAACGAAAAAUUAAUAUCAAAAUGCUUGGUCGUCGGCUGUAGGCAAAAGAUACCGACGAUAAGAAGUAAACAAACAAGCACACGUCUUGAAAUCCGCUUCUCUGCAGACUUCCGCUAAUUGAUCUCGAAUGAAUUGAAUGGUUGCAGGAAAACCUUCGGUAUAAAAGUCAUGACCUUCUUCCCGUCUUUUUGCCUUUAGAAACGUUGAGGCUCUCUAGUAAUUAAAAAAGUCUACAAUCAUUCAAUACAGCUUUUAUUCAUGUGUUGUCCGUCACACAACGCUUCACUGCGUAUUCAAAUUCCCGGGAGUCAAAUUUCAACCGAAAUUUGCAUAAAGUUGUUUACGAAACCGAUACGGCAUCUUGUUGAAAAACUUUCAUCAGACAUCGAGGGGCUUGCUUGAUAUAGUUUUUGGAAACAUUACAGUCCCAAGUCAAGAUACGUGUUUGCAAACAGUAGUUCUUGUCAAUACGAUGCAGUAGAAGUUUCAUUCCAGGAGAAAUUGGACGGCCUGUUUUUUUGAAGCGCAGUCGUUUCGAGACAAGUCGAUUUCGAUUAUUAUUUUACUCGUUGAUCACAUCACUAGUGAUUUUGAUGCUUUCAAUUUUCAGCCGUUUAUCGAUCGACAGCUGUACUUAAAACUUUCGCUCAAUACAUUGAUAACAACAAGAUGAACUAACCAGCCGUUAAUAGAUUGCUUAAUAGGAAUAGCGCUCGAUUACUUCCACCAAUUCAACUGUUAGAGCGUUAGAACAAAUCGUUAGAGCGUUGGAACGAACCGUUAGAGCGUUAGAACAAAUCGUUAGAGCGUUUGGACAAAUCGUUAGAACGUCAGAACAAACCGUUAGAACGUUUGGACAAACCGUUAGAACGUUAGAAAAGCCGUUAGCUAUCCGUUAGCUAUCCGUUAGUUUUCUAAUGAUAACGAAAUAUCGUUAGUGUACGUUUUCCCAAAGAAGGUCACAUAUUGCCACGUGCUUUAAUGCUUUAUGAAAUAUUCCGAAGCGCGGAUCUAGGAUAAAUACUGACCGAUUUCCUAAACGAUCGCCGAAGGCGCAAGCCUCUAAUAUAAGGGGGUCAGGGGGCAUGCUUCCAUGACAAUUUUUUGAAGUUUUAAGUCCCCUUUCCUUUCCAGACAGGCUAUUGGCCAGUUCCAUUCUACUCGGAUGAAGCCUUGCAAAUCGGCGAAUUGUUUCAUUCUUGAUUUGUGGGGAACAAGAGGAACCUGCAAUCCUAAUUUCCAGGUUGUUAUUAUGCAUGCAUUGCAUGUAUGAAGCCAGCAUCUGUUUGGACUUCCAGUAAGAAUGUAUGGAAUGCACAGAACACAAUUUGAUGACUCACGUUGUAACCUUCUAUUACUCGUAAUCUGAUCACGCAAAUUUGAUUACGCACCUUUUUGACCAUCUGUCACAUGGAACUUUCGCAAAGCACAGCGCUGGAACAAAAGCAUUUUGACCUUCGAUCAUUGUCGAUCAUCUUCAUUAGCAUACAUUAACCUACCCGAAAACAAAAGAAAUAAAAAAUAACCUGAGAUAAAAAAUUAACUGCAACAUAUAUAUAUAUAUGUAUAAAGGGUGUGGAUAAAACUUUAAGGUUCAGAUUCCUGUCAUCUGAGGGGGUGCAGAUAAAAAAAAUGGAAUGUCCCUCGAAGGAAGUUGAUAUUUUGGAUUGAAAGCCUUUGCAGUUGCCUCAGAAAUCUGCCACUUCAUAGCCUUCAAGCAAUAACAGCAAAAAAAGCAUUUUUUAUUUACUUUUGCUCAAAUUAAACAAGAAGUUCCCUUGCUGCAAUUUCAGUAAAAAAAAAAAUGGGAAGGGGGGGGGGGGAUUUCCAUACGCUCCAUUCAUUUAGUACGCAUAAGUGAAAAUUUCAUCUUAGAAAAUGGUGAAAAACAAAUUGCUCUAUGUGAAAUGGCAGCUAGAGAGGUUUCAUUUAAAUUAUUUGUCACACCGCAGGAUUUUAUUUUACAGUCUCAGAAGUUUUUACUAGACUCCAUCAUUAACUCUGGGUUUGGAAGAAGGCCGUUUAACAAUAAUAAUUGUUAAAUAAUUUCUGAAACUAUGUAAUAACAAAUUUCAGAGACUCACAGCACACUUGUACGCCCAGAAGGAGACACCUUAUGUGGUAAAUCUUGAUCCCGCUGUGAGAGAGGUACCCUAUCCAGCAAAUAUUGACAUCAGAGAUUCCGUCAACUACAAAGAAGUCAUGAAACAAUACAAACUAGGUCCAAAUGGAGGCAUUGUCACAUCAUUGAACCUGUUUGCAACAAGAUUUGAUCAAGUUAUGAGUUUUUUGGACAAGAAACGCUCAACUGAUUUCAAGUAAGUAAGAAAUUGUUUAUCUUAGAAUGGGUCAUUUCUUUUAGUAAUAUCAUGGCUGAAAGUUAAGCAACUUCUCUUGUUCUAUUCCCAACAGCUUGAAUGCAUAGUGCCGCGUCAAUUUGGGCAUGCAUUUCAGUAUCGAUUGUGUUACAUUAAUGAUCAUAUGUUCACUUGUUAAUUUGCACAAAUUAUAACUAUUACACCACAACAUUAAUUUAUUUAAUGGGUUCCAUGCAAAAAUGUCCCCAGGCUGCUUCACUAUUAAUGUAAAACAUAAUUUUUGUAGUAUUAGACACCUUUAAGGCCAAAGGUGAGGUGAAAAUUUGAAAAACACUUGCCAUUCAGGCAAGCUGUAGCUGAAAUUUACCACCACAGAGCAGUCAUACAGACCUACCAACUCUCUUCUUUUUUUUGGUUGCUUGCCUAUUGGACAACUCUCGAUCAUGGCAUGCUUCAUUAGCCACAGACAGCUUCUUUGUCAUGCCCUGCCCAUGUUGGUCCACAAGAAAAAGAAACUGCACUAAUUACUGUGCAUUUUAAAUGAUAUUUUAUUGCCAUAUAGUAUCUCUCUCCUUCCUCCAAAAAUAUUCUUGGAUUGUGCUUGUUAUCUUUUUUGUAAAUGAAAAAAUAAUGAUAAAGGUGACCAAUAAUCAGUACAAAAAUGGAAACAGAAAUGAGAAUAUAAAGUUAUUCAUCAUUGUUUGAAAUGAUAUCCUUAUUACGCUGUUAUGUCUCAUAGAACUCCUUUUAAAACUGAUCAUGGCAUUUCAACCAGUUACAGCCUGUAAAGCAGUGAGCAAUCAAAAUGUCAUGAUCAACAUCAAAGUUAGUAGUAUAAAGACAGUAGUAUAAGUUGGUAUUGUUUUAAUAAUUGUUGAAAUUAUGAAAUGCGAUAGUAGUUGUCUAAUUUAGUUGCAGGUAUCAUUUCAUGUAGUGCAAUAUUGUUUUUUUUUUUUAUUCAUUAUGGGCAUUGUAUUCCAGAUAUGCAAUAUUUGACACGCCAGGCCAGAUUGAGGUGUUCACUUGGUCUGCAUCAGGAGCCAUUAUAACUGAAGCACUGGCAUCAUCAUUUGCGACAAUUGUAGUGUAUAUUAUUGACACAGCAAGGAGUACCAGCCCAGUUACAUUUAUGUCAAACAUGCUAUAUGCUUGCAGUAUCUUGUACAAGACAAAGUUGCCUUUUAUUGUUGUUUUAAACAAGGUAAGUAUUAUUAUAGUUAGCCUCAACUCUGCAACUCAGUAAAGAAGCUUCUUAGAGACGAAAAGUCAUCUGACAAGCAAAUAGUCCAAAAUUCUUCAAAUGCUUCCACAGCCUGGGCCAUUGAGGAUGUCAUUUCAACGCCCAAGAUUUUUAAGUUUUCCUUUCCGGCAGUGAAGUAUAAUCAUGCUCAAGGCAGAUACUUCUGAAAUCAUGGUCUGAUGUACUUCAAAAAGUCUGAUGAUCAAUGAUGCACUAGAAAAAGAUAUUGGGAUUAAAAUUAAACAGCAUGAACUUCGCACGUACUCUCUCCUUAAAACAAUAACAACUUCUCCUGGUCACCCCUGCCCAGUGGUUUUAGAAAAAAUCCUUAAGAAUUUCUUUAAUCUUUCAAAAUUUAAAACUGCAGAUAUGAAGCAAAGCAUUGUAGUGUUGGAUUCCCUACAGGAAUGCAAAUUAACUUCAAACAGUUUGACCAGCAAUGUUUAACUCUGGAAGACACUAAACUCCUGGGCCGGGUUUUUCAAAGCUGGGUUAUGAUAACCAAGAAAUUUAUUGGCAAAAAAACACCCUCAUAAAUAUUGAAGGUAAAAAAAGGAACUCAAUUUUCUAAUUCAUUUUUUCUAAAAUUGGAAGAUUGGACACAAGUCUAAAGAAUCAUCAUCAAAUUAUCAGAGAAAAAAAUUAAUUUUAAACAAAACAGAAAAAAAACCUCAAGAAACCACCUGGGGAUUACCAAUUUAACAUCACAUUAUUGCACUAAUCAGCUGGGUUUUUGCAGGGCUCAAAAAAUUUCAGUAACUAUUUGUCCAAAAACUCACCCUUUGUUCCUAAAGAUAGAAAAGCUUGACAAGUUUGUAAAAUAAUAGAUGCAGUAACAGUUCCAGAUCCUCUAUAAACAAAAUCGUUAGCUAAGAUAGGGAAGAAGUGGCCCCAGGCAAGAAAAAUGUGAGACAAGCUGGAAUUCAAUUUUUUUUUCCGCUCCCUGCAUGCAUGGACCCGUAGUUUUAGUCAUUCUUUCUUAUGUUUAGACUGACAUAGUGGACCACAACUUUGCUGUUGAGUGGAUGCAAGACUUUGAGGUUUUUGAGGAAGCUCUAGCACAGGACACAUCAUACAUGUCAAGUUUAACAAGAUCCAUGAGUCUGGUAUUAGAUGAAUUUUACCAAAACCUUCGAACAGUGGGCGUGUCUUCAGUGACAGGAGCUGGUAUGGAUGAGUUUAAAAAGGCCGUGGAUGAUGCUGUGGUUGAGUUUGAAACUCAAUACAAGCCAGGUAAAAAGGGUCUUUAAAACUUAAGAGCAAAUAUCAACAUCCACUUUCUGCACACUCUUUUGCAUUCAGUUUUUAUGGUACAGUGUACUGCCAGAAGAACUCCUUUCUCAUAUCUAGGUCUUUCAGGCAUCCUUGACGAUUAUUUCAUUUCCAUGGCUAUAGAUUAAUGAUUAAAAUCUAGUGAAAUAAGGUUUCUGAAGAAUGCAUAAAAGCUCUGUUGUAGCCAAACAGAAAGUAUCAUCCUGAGAUUGGUGUGCAGUUUUAAACCGGUUGCUUUAUAUAUUGCACAAGAGUUUUUAAGUGAGUUUUUCAAAGCCCUGUUAGCUCUGAUUCUGUUUAAACUGAGAAAAAGCAAACAAACAAACAAGAAGAGAAUAUGAGUUGUCAUGUUUAGGUCCUGAGUUUGCAGUAAUCGUUCUUAGAAUAGACCAUUUUACAGUUGUGAUCCCAGCCUUUUAGUGAACGUGGGGCUGUGGUUGACCUUGUUACAAACCUCUUUCCUUUUCUUAUGAAAAUUAUGUUGAAAAUAUACCUGUUGGCAUAAGAACGACAUGAUUUACAUAAUAAAGCAGGAAGGGUUGUAUCAAAACAACGUCAACUCCAGCCUCGUUUCCACCUGUAAUAGUUGAUUGAUUAGAAUAACUCAGUCCUGAUUCUCCCAUCUCGCUAGCAACUAUUACUAACACCAUAUUACAUACAUUGAUUAAUUCUGUACAUUAAUUACUUCCCUUUUUAGUCUGUUCCAGGCGUUCAAACUGUGGGGAUGGUGCAAAGAUACCGUACAAUUCCGAAAAUAGGCCCCGGGGCUCAUAUUUUUCAAAGGCCCUUUUUGAGGGGCUUAUUUUUUUUGAGGGACUUAUAUUCGGAGGGGCUUAUCUACGGAGAGAAAUUUGCGUUUCAAAAUCGAUUGGGCUAGCCUUGGGGGUUGGAAGUAUGUUUACUGUAUUUGCUUUGUUUUACUUUGUAUUUGAGGGCUAUUUUCCAAGUACAAGCCCCCAGGGGGAGGCCCGAGGGGGGCUUAUAUUUGGACGUGGGUUUUUUGCAUUACCGGUUUAGGGGGCUUAUAUUUGGAGGGGCUUAUACAUGGAGGGGCUUUUUUUCGGAAUUUUACGGUAUGUGACGUGAGGAGGAGAAACAGCGAGGGGGGUGGGUGGUGUAGGGAGUGAAUGAGUGAGUUCCCUCCUCUCUCCCUCUCUCUUUCUCUUCCUUCUUAUUUUUUCCUACUCUCUUCUUUCUCGCCACACUCCACUAUCUGAAUGCCUAGAAAAAGGCCAUUCUCCCUUUGACCUACGUCCCUGUUAUGAAAUUCUGGUGUAUCAUUAAUCUUCAUCAGAAUAUGAAAGACUGAAAAAAGACAAAGAAGAAAAAGCAAGAAAAGAAAAGGAGGAUCAGCUGAAGAAAGUAAAACAGGAUCUAGGUGCUGGCAAACCUGUUGCGAUGGAAACAAACCCAAUUGGUGCCCAGGCGCUUGCAUCCAUGCAUGCGACUCCAUUCCACAUCUCCCUAGGGGCGGACUUAGACAGUGAUGAUGACGAAGGGAAUGGGGAGGAAUUUGAUGAAGAAGAAAUGAAAGAACAUGAUUCAUUCAAGAGAUAUUUGGAAAAAGAGAAACUAAAGAAACAAGCUGGAACAAACCAAGAAUAAUGUACAUAUAGAAAAGAACAUUACGAGCUAGCAAUCUCUACCUCGACAGCGCCCUUGUUUACAAAUUCUGUGAGGUUGUGAGGGACAGGUGAUUUUAGCGUGCGGACAAGCAUUCCGGGGCGCUCUCUCCAUUUCCUGCCCCGCCGCCAGAGCGCCCUGGAGAGCUUGCUCACAGGCUAGGUGAUUUGUCUUGUCAAGACGGAGCUCGCCCAAGCGAAUUACGGUCGUUUCACCCAGACUUAAGUCGAUUUGCCCAUGAACGUAGAACACUCUACGAGUCGAUGGUAUUUUAAUCAAGCUUGGAUUUCACAUUAGCCUGCGUGCAGACGAUAACUAAACUCUGAUUAGUACCGUCUGCGAAGCAGCGCAGAGAUCCUUGUUCUGGACCCCCAACGGACUCAACGAAUUACCGGAAGUAAUUUUCAACCUGAUUGGCGAUCACGACAAACAAAACAAAGGCCUUUUUUAACUGGCCAAUCGUGGCGCGUACUCAAAUCUGGGUACACAGCUGGAAGUCCAGAACAAAGAUUUCGGCGCUGUUUCGCAGACGGAGUUAACCAGAGUUUAAUUUCGUCUGCGCGCAGACUAAUUUCACAUGGGCAGUCCCUAUCUUUACGUUUGUUCCUUGUUUCAGGCUUAAAGAACGAAAAAAAAAAGUGAAUCGACUUAAGUCCAGGCAACACUACGGACAGAUACGUUGUUUCCCGCUUUCUCCUCAAACAGGUAUUUGUACAUGACAUGCAGCUUUUUAUGCAAAACAUACACACACUACUAUAGACAACGGUCAACUCGUUGUAUUUCCGGGUGCAGGAAAAUCUUAACACUUGCUAUGCCAACUCUCUUGGUUUCAUAGUGUUAAAGGGAUUUUCCUGGAUAUUAGUAUUCGUUGUAGAUGGAAUGUGGAGAAAUUGCGUUUAAGCUUCACCGUUUGACUAUUAAACUUGUGAUAUAAACUUGCUAUGUAUUUGAUAUAGACUCGAAUAAACGCAGU